AUGUCGGCUUUCAAAAUCCCACCUUUCAACAUUUUCAACAAUUCCAACAGUUUCAACAAGCCCAAUUUGAAAUUUCAUGCCUUGACAACCAAUGACACAUCACCAAUAACACCACAAAGCUUUAAUGUUGAUGAAUCUCCUUCCCCACAUCUCAAAACGGCUAAAAAGAAGAGCAAAACGGUGAAUACGUCACCGGUUAAACGUUUAAAAUGGACCACAGAGAUUCAACUUGCAAAAGGUCUUAUACAUAUAUCCCAAGAUCUGAUUGUAGGGAACAACCAAAAGUCCACUGCGUUUUGGAAGCAAGUAGAAGAGUGUUUCAUGCAAGGGGAAAAUGUUAAUGUUAGGGACGAGCACAACUUAAGGAUACAUUGGCAUAUGAUCAAGUCUAAGGUCAACACAUUUAAUGAGCUAUAUAUACGCAUAAGCUCGAAUUGGAAAAGUGGGAUAUCUGAUGACCAAAUCAUGACAUUGGCUAGGGCGGAGUACAUACCCGAUAAAGAAAAUAAGCAACCGUUCCCAUAUGAGCAUGUUUGGAACAUUAUGAAGUGCCCAAAGUGGGUGCCACCAGUCAAGAUAUAA